AUGACCCUGUACCCCUCCUUCUGUACCUGCCGCCGUGAGCCAGACCAGGCCUUCCGGCUGAACCGCGACACUAAGGGAGACCUGGAGUACCCCACCAAGAUCGCUCGGUUCUCCAACGUCCAGCACCUCUCCAUCCACAUCUCCAGGAACUUCGGGGCCGACUCCUCCCGCGUGUACUACAUCGGGCUGCGCGGCGAGUUCUCGGAGGCUCACAGGCAUGAGGUGACCAUCUGCACCUACGAGGCUUCGGCCAACCCUGCUGACCACAGAGUGGACAACAUCACACCCCAGACCCACUUCAUCUCCUGAGGGAGGGCCGGGCCGGGUGGGGCUGGGCAGACUGACCAGCCGGACGUGGAGAUCGAUCCUGCUCAGCAGGACGCGGAGCUCUGGGUGUGUGACCGCGUCUGCGGCUGACUGUGUGGGCAUGUGAACCUUCUUGCUAAUAAACACUUGUGUGGACACUGGA